AUGAGGAACCUCAAUGAAGAUUCUAGCUGCAGUAGCUGGCCCCUAUCUUACGGAGAUAAGAACUUAACAAAUGGACAAUGUUACAAUGGGUUCACGCCGAGGGUUAUAACGGAUGGAUAUCCUGGGUACGAUAAGAACACGUUAAGGCAGAAAAUACUUGAACAUGAGGCAGUUUUCAAGAAUCAGGUUAAUGAACUCCACCGUCUUUAUGGAAUUCAAAGAGACAUGAUGGAAGAAAUCAAAAGGAAAGAACUACAUAAACAUUGGGCAUCAGUCGAACCAUCAUCGUCAUCGAGUCGUCAAGGAUCUCAAAUGCCUCAAGACAACACUCAAACAUGUUAUACAGCGGGCUUCCCCUUGUUAAAUUCUGGUUAUGGUAGAACAUCCAUGUCUGGAGUCGAAAUUGUUAAUUCUCCUUUGAGUUGUACAAAAGGGUACAACAUGCAUGCUGGUCAUAGCCCAUUGCAAAAUGGAUGUACUUCAAAAGACUCUGAAGCAUUGGACUCGAGACCCACUAAGAUGAGGAAGAAGUUGUUUGAUCUUCAACUUCCAGCUGAUGAGUACAUCGAUACUGAAGAAGGAGAAAAGUUACAAGACAACAAAAUAUCCGGCACUUUGAGUUACACUUCGAACGUAGAUCAAAAAGUUAUACCUGAAAGAAGUAUGGAGAUUUUCCUUGGUGCCUCUGGUAGUGGAAAGACUUGUCGCCAGAAAGAUGCUUUGGGUUCUGGGUCCUGUUUGAGGAGCUCUUCUGGUUUGGCGGAUCUAAAUGAACCUGUUCAGCUUGACGAAGCAACAGCUCCUUCAUCAGCUGAUUUGCUUGGUCAUACUUCCAACCAUGGAGAGACUAAACCCAUAAGUCUAUCUACUAAACCAAAUGUGGGAUUUCCUUUCUUAAAUUCGUUUCGUGAGAGCAAUGUCAAUGAAAGGGGGUGGCUCUCCCAUAAAUAUGAAGCAGGGCCCAGUAAAGGCAACCCGAAUUUGGUAACUCGAAGUCUCCAACAAGAUAAGGUUCCUAUUCCUUCUCACCCUGCAGAAGUCCUGCUUAACCGGGCUCAUCAUCCUCCAGGAAUAUAUCCAACUGGACAUAGCGUGGAAGGUAUAUGGAGAAAUAGGCUGGACCCUGGUUUAGAAUCCUCAAAUAGAAAUAACAAUUACUCCAAUUACAGCCAUUUGGAUCCCGCUGUGGCUUCUCAUAUCCCCAGUCCAUACCCAUUACUUCACUCUGGUUUUGCCAAUUCAUUGUCUCAGUCCGUCCCAUCUUGGGGUAAGCCAACAAGUAGCCUUGGUCAAAAGAUAACCACAUCGAGUAGGAGUGUGCAGCCAUCUGCUCAGAGGCAGGAAUCUUUUGGAGACAAGUGGAAUGUUCGUUCUCGGUUGAAUCCAGGCUCAGGAAGUGAUAUGGCAAUCUGUAAUGGGUUCUAUGAUGGGUCUGUCUUAGGAUCCAAAGAACCAGUUCAUUUACCUUCGUCCGGCUUUGAUUUUCUUAAGUGUGGUAGGGGUGAUAAUAUUGCAUCUGAAUGCUCGGUGAAUCCUGGAUUUGAGAAGUUUCUGAAGGGCACCAGUCAUGGGAACCUGACCGGGGUAACGACACAGAGUUCUCCAAUUGAGGCUGUUUCUCUGAAAGAUUUUAAUAUGGUGGAUAGAAAUAAUGCUGCCAAAGACCAUUUGCCGGUGUUUCCUUGGCUUGGAUGCAAACCAGUUGACAAAAAGGAGGCUGCCAAAGUGAGGAAACCGGAACUCUCUGAAAUCUUGGGCUCCUUUCAAGCUUCUUCUAAUCCAUUGUGUUUUAGGAGUGAAACAGUAAGAGAUCUUAAUGAAGUGUUCACUCCAGAUGUCUCUCUGGCUUCAAAUGAUUGUGAGAUCGUGGCGAAGGGGGAGAUAGGAAAGAAUCAGAAUAGUCAGAAAAUUCUCGGGUUUCCGAUUUUUGGAAUCCACAAUACCCCUAUACAUGAGUCAUCAUCCCUUGUUUCAACCUCAGUGACUCUUGAUUGCCCUUCCGAAGGAAAGAAUGUUAAAAAUGAAAAGAAAAAUUUAUUAUUUGAUAUUAAUCUUGUUUAUGAAUCAGAGGAGCAGAUAGCUGCAGAUGAACUUCUUGUAGAGAACAAACUGCAUUCGAUGGGUACCGGUAUCAGGAGUCAAAUAGAUUUGAACACUUGUAUUAGCGAGGAUGAAGAUCAAUCUGCACCCUCUGUUGCAAGCAACGGCGCCAAUGUGAAGAUCGUAAUGGAGAUAGAUCUGGAAGCUCCGGUUCUUCCCGAGUUGGAGGAUGAUGUUAUACCUGGCAAAGAAGAUAGACUGAAUAAGGCAUCUUUGCAUUGUACUGAAAAUAAAGCCGAGCAGGUGCAGGAUGAAGUUGUCAGGAACGCGGCAAAAACAAUAUUUUCCAUCUCAUCAUCUUGUCAGCAAAUUCACAACGAGGAUAAAAUUUCUUACCUGUCUGAAGCUUCUUUGGCAGAAUCAAUCCUCUGGUUUGCCGAUGUUGUCUCGUCAUGUGCAAAUGAAUUGAAAGGAAAAGAUGUACCCAUUCAUGAUCUUCCCAAGGAGAUGGACGAUUUUGAGGCCAUGGCAUUGCAACUCUCGGAGACCAAGGAAGAAGACUACAUGCCUAAGCCACUUGUUCCCGAAGUCCUAAAAGUCGAAGAAAUGGGAACCCCUCCAUUACCGAGUAGAUCCCGAAGGGGCAAUGCUAGGAGAGGAAGGCAACGGAGGGACUUUCAAAGGGACAUCCUUCCCAGUUUAGCAUCAUUGUCAAGGCAUGAAGUCACCGAGGAUAUUCAGAUAUUCGGAGGGCUGAUGAGAGCCACUGGCCAUUCUUGGAAUUCAGGAUUAAUUAGAAGAAAUGGCACGAGAAAUGGUGGAGCUCGGGGAAGGCGAUGUAAACUCGUUGACACUACGUCUGCACCUGUUGAAAGUCCAGUUUGCACUCCGCUGAUGCAGAAACUUAACAAUGCCGAACCUGGUUUGGAGGAUAGAAGCCUAACGGGGUGGGGGAAGACAACUAGACGUCCCCGCCGGCAAAGAUGCCCUGCAGGUAAUCCUCCGAUCGUGCCAUUAACCUAA